AGUCAUUUUAUUUGUUGUUUUAAUGGCCCCUCUUAGGAUUUCUUCGUCUUCCCCUUUAAGGUUGAUAAAUCAUUACAUAGCUGGGCGAAAAGAGAUUCAUAACAUCUAGGUGAAGACUCCAUGAGAGAACAGUGAAUGUAUCGGUGAACUCGUUGUGAAUAUCACUAAAGCUUUUUCAUAGAAAGAAAUCAUCGUCGGUAACACGGAGGAAAGAGGGAGCGUAGUUUCCACCUGCGACCGAGAUAGAGGUGACUAGAGAACCAGACAUGGAUGUAGACAUGACAAACAUGUUUGUCCUGGCUGGAGGGACUCUGGCAAUCCCAAUCCUGGCCUUCUUUGCCUCAUUUUACAUGUGGCCUGCAGCUAUUAUCCAUGUUUACAACUGGUACUGGCGCCGGCGUCUGGGCCUGCAGGUGGACUACUUAGAAAAUCGAGGUUACCGGUUCUGUUACUCCCACCGGGGAAAGCCCGGUCCAGGCCGGCCCUCCAUCCUUCUGCUGCAUGGCUUCUCUGCUAACAAGGAUAUGUGGCUGCCUAUGGCUAAGUUCCUGCCUAAGCACCAGCACCUGCUCUGUGUGGACAUGCCAGGCCAUGAAGGCACCUCACGGACCGACACCUCAGACUAUACCAUAGAGGGCCAGGUCAAGAGGAUUCGCCAGUUUGUGGAGAGUGUCCGUCUGACCAGGAGGCCGUUUCACCUGGUGGGGACGUCCAUGGGAGGGAAUGUGGCCGGGGUCUAUGCUGCCCGCUAUCCCAAGGACCUCUGCAGUGUCACGCUCAUCUCCCCAGCAGGUCUUCCUAACGAGAGUCGUUUUGCGAAGUGUCUGUUGGAGAUGGAGAAAGAGCAGCAGUUGGGCAGUAGCCUCGAACCCCAGAGCAUCCCUCUGAUCCCCUCCACCCCUGAGGAGAUGGAGGAGAUGCUCAAACUCUGCUCCUUCGUACGCUUUAAGAUCCCACAACAGAUUCUUCAGGGAUUAGUUGAUGUUCGAGUUCCAAACAAUGACUUCUAUAGAGAGUUGUUCAUGGAGGUUGUAGGAGAGAAGUCCAGAUACUCCUUACAAGAGAACAUGCAUCUGAUCACGGCCCCAACACAGGUCAUCUGGGGGAAGCAAGACCAGGUGGUGGAUGUCCAGGGAGCGUCCCUGCUAGCGGAGGGGGUGUCGGACUGCCAGGUGGAGUUGCUGGACAACUGUGGUCACUCUGUGGCGAUGGAGAGACCCCGCAAGGCCGCUCAGCUCAUCAUGGACUUCAUCAACAACAAAUACAACGCUAGCUCUGGGUCGAACAACCACAAGAAACUCUCCUGAGUCCUAAAUUACUUACUUACCUGGUGGAGCUAUGCUUUGUGUGAAAUCGCCCUGCAGGCCCCAGGAAAAACAACAGUGCACUAUAUUGGAAAUAAGGUGUCAUCGUAGUGUACUAUCUAAUGAAAAUGGUGUCUCUAGAAGCAGGAAACCUUCUGGAAUGGGGCAUCCUAGAGCUCUGAUUAUAUAAUGCCAGUCCACCAGAAAUUGAUUAUGCCUACUCAUGGAUUAAAAAAUUGUGAAUCUUCACUGAACAAGCUUCAUAGUACAGGACUAGGAUUUCCAGAAGAAGUGAUUGAUGUUCACAUGUGUAAAUAGACUCUGGAUAGUAUUUUUCUAAUGCAGCCAGGCACUCAGGGAAUGAGCCCUCGCAUCGGAUGGCUGUUGUGUCAUACUGGGGUUGGAUGACAAGGCAAAGUCAUAUAUUAUGGUACCAUUGCAUUUAUUUGGUGAUAUAAAGCUCUUUAAUGUAAAUUAUAUUUUACACACAUUAUAUUAUUUGUGAAUUUGCUAAUGUUUUAAUAAUUUAAUUAGAUGAUUUUGCCUAACCUUGAUUCUGUAUAUAUCGUUUGAGCUUGUUAUACCUCGUAAACAGAGGUAUAGAGGAGUGGGUUGUUGGAGUCUUUAACGGUUCACGCACAAAAAAUUUAACAACCGGCGUUUUCUCGUGUUUUUGGUUGGUAUUUGUUUUCAUAUUAGUAACCAGAAGGGAGAGACAACAUUGUAAAUGUUUUAUCUUGGAGGAGAACUUAUGGAAAUGUAUUCAUUAUCUAACACAUUGAUUUAGUCAUUUUGUUAGAUGAGAAGGUUUACUUUCAACAAAAACUACACCAUCACUUUGUAUUAUAUACCUAGAUUUCCUCAAGCCCUGUUCAAUUAUAUAUGACACUGUUAUAUACUGGUAUGAUAUAUGCUAUGUAUUAUAUGACACUGUUAUAUACUGGUAUAAUAUAUGCUAUGUAUUAUAUGACUCUGUUAUAUACUGGCAUAAUAUAUGCGAUGUAUUAUAUGACACUGCCAUGUACUGUUAUGUGGAUAAUGACGUGCCAUUAUUUGUGUGCAAUAAGACUAGAGGUGCACUGGAUCGCAACUACGAAUUCACGGUAACGUCUGUAUGUUUUUAAAGUUGCUUUUUUCCUAUUUGCGGAUGCCAUGUUAUUUAGUAAAACCAAUGCAAAAACUGAUGUGACACUUUCGAUAUCAUUGGUCGUUUUAUUGCGCUAUCCAACUUCGUUCUUAUUCUGAUAAACCAAUUUCCUCAUGCUGGCCAGUCACUGGACAACCUAUUGGGUGAGAAUAGCUUGGUGAGAUUUCUUAGGGAGACAAUAUCUCUGAAAUGAGGAUUUGUUUUAAGCAACAGUUCUACGAAGUCAGGGUUUGAAUGAGAUUAAAAAGUAAUAAAAUCAUUUUCACCUGGU